AUGCUCGCUAAGGUUGGACUUCAGGCUCCCAACUUCAAGUGCGAGGCAGUGAUGCCCGACGGAUCCUUUAAAGAAAUUUCCCUGGGCGAUUACCUCUCCAAAAAGUACGUCGUCCUCUUCUUCUACCCGCUCGACUUUACCUUCGUUUGUCCUACUGAAAUAGUAGCCUUCAACGACGCAGUUGCACAGUUCGAACAGAGAAACGUUCAGCUUCUGGCCUGCAGCGUCGACUCAAAAUUCUGCCACUUGGCCUGGAGAAACACUCCACGCGACAAGGCUGGAGUUGGCCAGGUCAAGUUUCCGAUGUUGGCGGAUUUGACCAAGGAGGUUGCAACGAAUUACGGAGUCCUGGACGACUCAGGUGUAGCAUUGAGAGGCCUCUUUUUGAUCGACAAGAAGGGCGUUCUCCAGCACCAGCUGGUUAAUAACCUUCCAUUAGGACGUAAUGUAAAUGAGGUGCUAAGACUAGUGGACGCUCUCCAGGUCUUCGAGACGAAGGGCGAGGUCUGCCCUGCAAACUGGAAACUAGGUGAUAAGGGAAUGGCACCCACCACUGAGGGUGUUAUAGCCCAUUUAACGACUAAACUGUCUUGA